AUGGACUUUUCGCAACAAUUGCAAAAUGCCAAAAUUGGUUUAAAAAAUGUAAGCUCUGUCGUAAGAUAUCCGGACGGUCGAUCAUUUCUGGAGAGUCGCGGGCAGAAUACAGAAAUCGAAAGCACUGUCGGUUAUGUGAUCGACACCAAGCCUGAUGAUAUCCCUUCGCGAAUUACCGAAAACAUUUACUUGGGAUCUCAAGAUUGCUCCGAACUGGAGGUGGUCACCAAGUAUAAUAUAAAGCAUGUUCUUAGCCUUGGUGUGAAGCCCUUCUCAUUUGCAGUCAAUCACAGGUUUGUCAAGUGCCUGGAUUUGCCAGAGACUAAUAUUCUGGACAUUUUGCAACAUCAAUGCUACUAUUUUAUUAGUAAUGCCGUUAAAUUGAAAGAAAAUGUGUUGGUACACUGUGCCGCUGGUGUUUCGCGAUCAUCCUCUAUUGUUAUUGGUUACUUGAUGGUCACUGAAAAGUUAUCUUACGAAGACGCGUUUAAGUUUGUUAAAAGUAAGAGAUCUUGUAUUAAACCCAAUUGCGGAUUUGAAAAUCAAUUGAAAGGUUUAGAAUUUACAGAAAUGUAUUUUUGA